AUGAUAUCCUCCAUCGUGAUCGACAAAGAUUUCGUUGAGUGGAGGGUGCUGAAAACCCUAUUUCCUGCUGCGAAAGUUUUACUUUGUCAAUUCCAUGCCAUUUCGUACUGGAAGAAGGUGAUGCAGCGGGCCCCAUACAAGCUGAAGGUGUCUGAACGCGACGAGUUACUCAACCUGAUGAUAAAAACGCUGUACAGGUACGCAACAAGUUCUAUUUAUGAUUCUUGUGGUAACGCUAACUUUGGAAAACAAACCAUAUGCAGCUCCACAGAGACAGGUUACGAUUCUAGUUACGGUGCAUUGAAGCAAUACUGCGAAGACAACAAGAAACAAGCUUUAUUCUCGUACUAUGAAAAGAACUGGAAUUCGUGUCGAGACAUGUGGGCGAACUUUGCUCGCAGCAAAUUUCACGGCUGGGAAUACUACAACGAACAGGAUCGAGUCAAACUGGAAUCAAGUGAAAACACUGUUGGGGCACAAGACACGAAUUGA